AUGUCCGACAAGAAAAUCACACCCCGCGUCUUCAUCAUCCGCCACGGCGAAACCGAAUGGUCACUCAAUGGCCGACACACAGGCACCUCCGACAUCCCACUGACCGAAAACGGCGAGAAACGCAUCCGCGCAACAGGAAAUGCCCUCGUUGGCGACGACCGCCUGAUCGUGCCCAGAAACCUCGCUCACAUCUACGUAUCUCCCCGCACACGCUCCCAACGAACCCUCGAACUGCUCAAUCUCGGCUGCAAAGACCCCAUGCCGUGGGAAACGACAAAACAACACGAUGACAGCAAUGUCAAGACUGCUGCCAAAGUCCAAGUCACGGAGAGUGUGCGCGAAUGGGAUUAUGGCGAUUACGAAGGCUUGACGAGCAAGUAUAUUGCCGAGCAAAGACAAAAGGCCGGACAGCACAAGUGGGAUAUUUGGAAGGAUGGAUGUCCGGGUGGUGAGAGCCCUGAGCAAAUCACCGAGCGCUUGGAUGCUGUGAUUGCAGAGAUUAGGGAAAAGUACCACAAGAAUUCUAUUGGCAAGCCCAAGGCUGAGGCUGAGCCAUACGAUGUGUUGAUUGUAGCACACGGACAUAUUCUGAGGGCGUUCGCGGCGAGGUGGAUCAAUAAGAACAUUGCGGACAACCCGAGUAUGUUGUUGGAUGCUGGUGGUGUGGGUACUCUGAGCUACGAGCACCAAAGUAUCGACGAACCAGCAAUUCUUUUGGGAGGUGGAUUCAUGGUGGACGUGGUCGAGAACGCCGCAGAAGACGGAAAGAAGGACUAG